AAUGCAUGCAUUUCAUUAACAACCAUCAAUAUUGUCAUUGUCCUCCUCCAGCAGGAUAGAUGGCAGUCUUCUUAAAAGGUACCGUUAAAGUAAACUAUUAUAGUACCAGAAGGAGAGUUUGCUCAUUUCUAACAGCGGUAUGAGAAUGUAAACAGGAGGACUUGUGCUGGCUGAUAACUGACGUGUUAUGCCGAUCUAAUUACAGCUUGAUUAAAGGGAUUUUUCUGAGAAUGAGAAGAGGAGAUGGACUUCCACACACGGCCAACGCUAUUCAGUGAAAUAGCACAUGGCCUGGGCUUCUGGACGGACCGUUCAGCAGUACACGAAGCAGCAGCUCAUGGACGUACAGCAGAACUUCGGCAGCUCAUUAAAAAUGGAGCUCUGGUCAACAUUGUGGCUGUGGACUCCAUAACUCCACUGCAUGAGGCUUGUAUUCAAGGACAAACACAGUGCGUACAGCUGCUACUGGAAGCUGGAGCUCAUGUGAACGCACGUAACAUAGACGGGAGCACGCCAUUAUGCGAUGCUUGUGCAGCUGGCAACCUAGAGUGUGUAAAGCUGUUGCUGGAGUAUGGAGCCAUGGUGAACCCUCCUCUCUUCACUUUUUCUCCCCUUCACGAAGCCUGUAUGGGGGGUAAUGUUGAAUGUGUGCGGCUCAUGAUAGCGAAAGGAGCUCUUAUGGAGGCUCAUGACUGCCACUUCGGGACUCCCCUUCAUGUAGCUUGUGCCAGGCAGCAUCUAGACUGUGUCAAGAUUCUACUGAAUGCAGGUGCAAAUGUAAACGCUGCAAAGAUUCAUGAGACAGCCCUCCACCAUGCUGCUAAAGCAAACAACCUGGAGCUGAUCGAGCUCUUGGUUGAGUUUGGGGGUAACAUAUUUGCCAGAGAUAACCUUGGCAAAAAGCCGAUCCAUUACACCAGUCCAGGUUCUGCUGCAGCUCUCUGCCUCAAGUUCUAUGAAGCUGAACCGCUUAGUCUUCAGCAGAUAAGCAGGGUGGCACUCAGGAGUACGUUGGGAAAACGAGCGUUGGAGGCGGUGCCGCAGCUGGGUUUGCCCAAUCGGAUGAUUUGCUACCUCACUUACAUGCCCACUCCGCCUCAUGCACUACUGACCAGUGCACAAGCCGAGCUCACAGACUGAAAUAUUACUCUGGAAAUAUAUCAUAGGUGCGUCCCAAAUGACGUACUACACACUAUGUACUUAUACUAUGUACUUUAUCAUCUAAUGUAUGAAUUUUAGAAGAGUAGUAUGGAACACUAACAUUUUUGUACUGACGGGAAGUAGAUGUUUCCCAGUCUAUGGCAAAUGAUGCCAAACACAUCUAGAGUGACACCAUUAUAAUAGAAUUAGACGAAUAUGGUGAAUUUUUAAAAUGCUCAAAAAAAUUACACAAAUCGAGCUCAUUUUAAAGACAUGUCUGAUAUCCUGUCCACCAGAAAGUUGAAAUUUUUUCUCAUCCAUUGUCAGCGCCUGGUAGCCCCGCCCCUCUUCUGCUACUGAAGCAAAGCUGCAACUAUUGAGUGCAUGAAAUGUCCAACAUUCCACACUGUUUUGCUUUUUUUUGGUUGAAUAAGUUCACUAUACACUUCCUCUUGUCGGAAUAUUUAUUUACCAGAUUAUUCACACUAUUUAUACUAAAGAAUGGCAUAGAAUAGUGCAUAAGUAUGCGAUUUGGGAUGCAUUUCUUAUCUACUUGUUACAGGAGUGUAUAAAUAAGGCUCAGUUCAUGCUUAGUUCUAAAUUCAAGUUUUUCUUUUGCCCUGGCUGAACAAGAAAAUCAGUGUUUACACCGAUCAGGCAUAACAUUAUGAGCAGUGACAGGUGGAGUGAAUAACACUGAUUAUCUCCUCAUCAUGGCACCUGUUAGUGGGUGGGAUAUAUUAGGCAGCAAGUGAACAUUUUGUCCUCAAAGUUGAUGUGUUAGAAGCAGGAAAAAUGGACAAGCGUAAGGAUUUGAGCGAGUUUGACAAGGGCCAAAUUGUGAUGGCUAGACGACUGGAUCAGAGCAUCUCCAAAACUGCAGCUCUUGUGGGGUGUUCCCGGUCUGCAGUGGUCAGUAUCUAUCAAAAGUGGUCCAAGGAAGGAACAGUGGUGAACUGUCGACAGGGACAUGGGCGGCCAAGGGUCAUUGAUGCACAUGGGGAGUGAAGGUUGGCCCGUGUGAUCCGAUCCAACAGACGAGCUACUGUUGCUCAAGUUGCUGAAGAAGGUAAUGCUGGUUCUGAUAGAAAGGUGUGAGAAUACACAGUGCAUGACGGGUCAGGGCUGUUUUGGCAGCAAAAGGGGGACCAACACAAUAUUAGGCAGGUGGUCAUAAUGUUAUGCCUGGUUGGUGUAUUUAUAAGACGUAUUUACAUUUGAAUUCUCAUUUGUAUAAAGUGUAGUGUGUAUUGUACAUUGUAUAUCUGUAUACAUAGAUUUCAUCUUAACAUUUAUUGUACAUAUUCUGUUCCCAAGAUCAAAACGUUCGUAAAUGAUUAAAAUAACUCUGUAUUUAUUUAAAGGUUUAAAAUAAAAAUGUACUCUAACCUUCUA